AUAUAGUUACUCAAUUGAUGUUAAACAAACCAAACCUUAAUUAACUUUAAGUGUCCUUUGUUCAUCCUUUGUGUAUUUGAUUGUAGAACUCCCUCGGUGAUUGGACAGUCAUCUCAGGUUUCCAGUGAGCAAGGCUGCCCGACCGGUGUUACCGAUACUGGCUGCGAGUGAAACUCGGUCCCUCUUGUCUCAAGAGACAUCAGCAAUUUUGGCACUCCAAAGGUUGUGCUAAAAGUCACAAGCCGUGCUGUCCUGCGACACGCCAGAGUAACGGAGGACCGGGGACACUGCGGUUCAGUGUUUGGGGAGCACCGGGGAGGUUGACCAAGCCACUGGUUCCCACCUGAAUGACUUCAAUUCAACCAGAGACAGUAACCUGGGAGCCACCAACGAAGUUAAAUAGUAGAGCGACAACCAGCAGCCGGUGUCAUCACACGACCCGCUAGGCUACUGCCUGUCAAAUCUCCAUUUCAGGUCCUUCGUUGACCCAAGUUAAUUGGCUACUUAACUGUCUGACUGUUUGCAUCAGUCAGCCCCAAAAUUCUCAUAAACGGCACAGCCCGUAUGAAUAUAGCUCGUUAAAUGUAGAACGAACUUGCAUUGGUCUUUUUGUGUGUGUGUGCUGUGCUUCUCUCACCGACAGAGAAUCAGGAUGUUCCAGGCAUCCAGUCCAGCAGUCCACGGGGGCCACCUCUCGACAUGGUUGAAAGCAGUGACGACCCCCUUCCUGCCCAAGGACGCCAGUAACCUGCAGCACCCAGAGCAACUAGACACCGAGCUAGAUGAACUGAUGGCACGCGAUCCAAACCAAAGCGACUACUACAGAGAACUCGCCAGGAUCUUCGGAAGCCUAGUUCACAUUCUCGUCACCCAGGCACGGCUCAGUGAACGGAGCAACAUCGCGGAGGAGGCCUGGAAGGACCAGGCCCCAACCCAGAGUCAUCUUGAUCAGCUUCUCCUCGAGACCCAGAACCAGCACAAGAAAGAGGACGACACAGAUCCAGAGCUACAGAAAGGAGUUGAAAGACUUCACAAUGCCCUGCAAGAUCUUCGCCUCGACACAGAUCAAAGAGAACAGCUGGAGAGAGAAGCCAGAAAAGAACUCAACAAAAAACUCCAGCAAGGCGACGCUCUCCUAAAAAGAGCAGACACUGAACUGAAAGAAAAAGACUAUAAAACCUGGGCCUGCAAAACACACUUGCAAGCGGCCCAAGCUAAAUUCAACAAGCUUACGCUGCAGAGAGACAAGCUCCAAGAUGAACUUGACACUGUUCACACAGAACUGAGACAAUCUCACAGAUUACAGAGUGGCUGGAUCGGAGAAACGCACACCACAAAAUUUCUCCCGGGCCGCCACUCCAACCCUUUCAGCCAAGAACCCAGAGCUGGAAAAGGGGGUGUAGUCUCCCUUCUAAGGAAAUCACCAGCCAGCUUACAAGAACAUCUGUCAAUAACGGAGGGAAGAGAACCCUUCCAGAGAACGCAUGUCACCAAACCCUGCACUGCUCACAGAGAACUUCACAAGCUAGCCAGAAGCAUCUCUACAUUCAUUCCAGAUCCUGCAGGAGGACAUGAUGUUCAUGCUUCUUUACAAGCCAUUGACUUUCAUUUGCAAACUGUCGCCAACAUGACAGAUGUGAACACAUUGUACCUGUUAAAAAUCACGGCCAGCCGUGAUGUGCAUUGCUUUCUGGAUCGUCAACCAGAGACUGUCAAAGCGUACUACCAGCAACUGCUACAGACUUUGAUUCUUGAAUUCUCUGAUCCAAACUCAGAUCAUGGGCUCCUUAUUGCUAUGGACCUCAAACAGGGCCGAUUUGAAAACCCACAGACUUUCUGUAGUCAGCUACGAAACACCUACUUCGGAGCAUGCAACGAACCAGGUAUGGAACAGGAUUUCAACUUAAAAACUCUGUUCCUCCCAAACCUACAUGCCAGUUAGAGUUUUCAUCUCAGAGUCCCAGCGUGUCCCCGUAACAGAACUACACAAGAGUUACGGAACUUAGCCCACAAAGCUUGCACCAAGCAAAAGACUAUUUGUGAAAAGACUGUGAAAAACCCCAACGUCUCUGUCUCUGAGCACUGCUUGGAGUUAACCCUAGAUGGCGCUCUACAACACCACAGUCACAGACAUCUUUACAGAGAGUCAAUACCAUUCCAAGCCAGCAGAGGGCAACACAGUGCAGCCACGUCUGAGACAGCAGAGAUCCUGAGGGUGCUGAAAGAUCUUCUUCACAUGAAUACUCGCAAGGAAGAUGAGCCAAGCACCCAGAACACUGCCCGAGCUCCACAGUCAACAGCUACAGCUAACUGAACGAGACAGCACAGGUCCUCACACCAGGUACCACAAACACAAGGUACCAGAAAAUGCUGUUUUGACUACCUGCCUUCGCAGCGAGCUACACAAGACCGGUCCUCAUCACCCACCGAUCGUCCCACCUGCCCUAAUGCCAACAUUCCUGGGCAGCCCUGUCAAAAAGGGGGUGGGUCAAAAAGGAGUCAACAGGGAAGACCUGAUCGACACAGGAUUAAACCUGACGGUGAUCUCAUCUUACCUUUUCAAAAGACUCCAAUUUGAAGCUAAGAGACAAGAUCGAACUCUUACACCUCAAACUUAUGAACUGAAUGUACAGGUGUACAGACAGGAUGACAUCCAGUUUGAACAGGUUGUUUCCAUUCACCUGACAUUCGUUCCGAUGAGUCUAACACAUCCCAUGUAUGUCCCACCAAUGAACACUCAUACAUUGCUCAUCGACAAAGACCUGCUAGAACACUUUGACCCUUUUCUGAACUUCAAACAGCUAAAAGACUUUGCUCAAGUGCGAGAACCUCUUUCUCUCCAGCCACACAGGUUGCUAGAGCCAGACUGUCAGGUCGCAGAGGUCACGGGAACUCCCACAGAGCCAGACGGUCAGGUCACAGAGGUCACGGGAACCCCAGCAGCCAGCCAUGAGUACAACGCCCUAACAACAGGCCCAAGUUCAAGCCUCUGUACCUUAGUCAACAAACAGGGUACGGUGGUACCAGCUUACACCAAAGGGGUCGCUGUUCGGCUCAACCUGCAAGGUGGUCAAACCUUACACCACACGCUGGGUUUCUUCCAAUCCUCACCUGAAUGUGUGGAACUCGGACUCACACUUGCAAACAAGCAUGUCAAACACCAACACCUGUUCCAGCAAUGUGAUAACAUCACAAAAACACACAAUGUGAUCGUGUACUGGAAGAAGGUAAAAGGACACUCAAAGUUACCAAGUCUAGACGAGGACUUUAAAGAUCACACUGACACCCUUGCCAAAACUGGCACACUAAACAACAUUCUGUGGUCACUCCCAACCCACCCACCCACAUUCAAGGUUGAAGUGAUUACACACAGCACAAGAACUUUACUAGCUAAACUGCCUACCUCAGAAUCGCUUACGCAGGCUCCGUUGUCUACACAGACCAACAUAGCGGACAUGCGGGCUUCUGAAACCUUGAUAAUGACUUUGUUUUACCACCUCUCAGACCCCUCCAUCCACCCUGGCAACCAGUCUACAGUCACUGACAACCAAAGCCCCAGACCACUGCAUGACACACAAACCAUGCUGCGUGCACAGAACAAUAUUGUGGGUUGUGCACCGUCUGACAUCACAAUGCCAGGGCGUGUAAUGCCACGGAGCAAAAGGGGGAUACUGCCAAUAUAUUUCCAUGACGCAGCAUGUGCUGCACCACGCAGCACCAGAGCCACUGACACAACACUGAGGCAAGCGUCAUGCCAGCAGCAAGAUGUGGCAAAACAUGGGCGAGGGCGAGCUAAACCCAGUCGCCGCCCACGAAGCAAAGAGACUGUCCUGUCCAACCAAAGACAGGCCUUGUUUGUUUCUUUCUCCCCUUUCUCUCUCUCUCUCCCUAUUAUCUGUACCAGGAUGCUGCUGUGGUUUGCCGUGCUGUGCUGUCAGCCAAAGAGAGGACAGCUGCCACCGAGAAAACCGCUGAGACUCCUGACUACCGAUGACAGGGCACACUACCCCAGCACUGUAACCGAAUACAGCUGUACAAGGUUCCGAUGGAGAGAGGACUCCCUCACUCACACUGAGGCCGAUGUCAAACACCUGUUCAGCCAACAUGAGAAAGUGACGGUUACACAAAUGGAGUUAGGUGGACACCACCACCGCUCCAAACAGUUCCCGGGAGCUUUGCUUAGAGCCGCUGCUGCCGCCAGAAUGUUUAACAUUGUUAUGUCCAGUGUCAAUGCAGCGAACCAGACUGUAAACUCCUUGAAACCACUGUUUACUGCCUUCCAGAAGGACUUUACCCAGACUCAGCUGUUAACAGCAUUAACAACAGCCAUGCUGUGGGAGGUUAGCUCCUCCAAAGACAGCCUAACCACGAGUAAAACCCCACCAUACAUGAUACCCUUAAGCCUUGUGUUAACUGUGCUGUCUUACGCCAUCACCAUGCCAGCUGACCUGCUACAAGUACACCUGGCCAACUCUCUGAAUAGCGCCUUCCUACGGCACGUAAACCCCAAACAGAGAGAAGUGAACGUGCUCCUGAACCAACUCAUCAGUGAGUCAAACCAAGUCUACAGACCUAAAGACAUUGUCAGUGUCAGGAUGUGGAAGAGCAACACCCACACCAAAACACACAUUCCAAAUGUGGUGGCCUACCACGACAGCAACACACAGCUGUACCUGGCCCCAAACAUGCACAUGUGUACUUUAACCAAAGACAUUCAUUAUCUCUGCCUUAGCAAACCCUUCCUCAGACACAACUCUGAAGGAAUCUGCGAGCUGCAACCCUGGGUCAGCGAUACGCGCUGCCCUGCCGAAGCCAAGCCUCGUACACAAGUCACAGAAACGCAAGCAGAGAUUGUGGGUAACAGAUGGCUCGUCAACACUCCUGUGCGCUCAGCUAUGCUGACCUACGACCAGCAUGACACCGCCACCCGUGCCAACCUGCUGGACCAAGUACUGAAAGGUACCACCCAACACAUUGACAUUACUCCUGUCGAUACAGCCCUCCAAGCACUGUCUCGACAGCCCAUUCUGAACCAGUCAUCUGCGGUCCUAGCCUGGACUGCUGCCGACACUGCACGGUGCAUCUCCACCGUCAUUGGUCCCGCCCUUACUCUUGGCGUGACCUUCAUCCUAUACAGGAUACUCAACGAGAUGCAAACCUCUACAGCCAAACUCACGACAACUGUGGCUGGAGGUCUCCGAUGGAAUCCCCGGAAAAGGGACGCAAAGUCAAAGACAAUACCGAACCUCACCAAGCUGAAUCCUCAGCUUCAGGAACCACCUGUCAUCAUGACCCACCUGCUGCAUGACCAUCACGAUUCACCUGUCAUCUGCCCAUCCGGAUGAUUGCCGUCCGAUGAUGUCCACACAGGGACUUCAUCUGACGUAAAGGGGGAGAUGUAACAGAUAUGCAGGUCAGCGAUUCAUGGGUUAAAUUCUGUUUUAUAAAUUCAGACUGUUGGUACUAAAUGCCAGCCUGGCUGGACUUAAAUUACUUUACGAUACCCAUGCGAGCCUCAAAGGAUACCUGAAACCAAAUUCCUUAACAUACACACACACACACACACAAAAAGAAACCUUUCUUUUUGUUCCUUACUUUUGUAAGUCCUUUAUUAAAUAUGUAUUUUAUAUGUUUGUGUAUUGCAUAAAAUGGUUAAUCCUGGGUAAAUGGUUAAAGUGCUGACUUAUAAGUGGAAAUGCUUGAUUUCAAUCUUAUACUUUCUCAAAAAGAAAUGUUCUGCAACCCCCACACUCCUUGGUAGCUCGUAAAAUUUUACGAGCUCACAGGACCACAGGACAGGAAACCUAAUCCUUACAAAAGAAUGAUAGAAUGUACUCAAAUGUAGUCUUAAUGUGUAUAGUAUUGUUUUUGCGGUACAUUAGAGGUUUCCCAUAUAAAUUGGGAAUAUCUGCAGUGUUAUCAUGUGUUAAACAAAUCUUUAAAUGUGUAAUUCGAUCUAAAAAUUAAAUCUUUGGUCAUAUAUAUAUUAUGUCUAGUCUUGUUCUAAUCGUCAUGCUUUGACAGACCCAUUUAUCUAGAGCAAAGUAAUGAAAAAUGUAUUUAAUCUGGAAUAAUGAACUUGCUUUAAUAUUCCUGAUGAAAUCGGACAGGCCCUAAAUCAUCAGGGGGUUGUCUCAACAGAGACAAAGGAACUUUCCCGCCGCUUCAGAUCGCGGAUGUUCAUUGGGUGGUUCACGCGAAAAGAGGCGUGAACAUCUCAAGCUAUAAGAGUCGACCGAACAAGGUCCGCCUCUCUCUUGGCUCUUCGCUCUCUUCUUGCUCUUCUUCCCGUUCUCCGUUCUCGGACACGUCGCUCCGCGCGGCCUCGGGCCGCGCUCAGUUCUCCUCCCCCCUCAGCACAAGGACUGAGGAGAGGAAAGCCAUUUUCAUGGCUCAUUUGGAAACUUUCAUUUUCGUUGUUUUGUUUUCUUUUCUUUACUAAGUUUAUUCAACGAUUCGCCUCUCCACACAAUGAAGACGAAUUCUGGAACAUUGUUUGUUGAACCUUUCAAAUACCGCGCGAAGAUGAACGAACACCUCUUUGCAACAAAGGAACACGUGACUCCACGCUCACGCCAAGAUCCAGCGCAGCUUGCACGCGCGUCACACGGCCUCCGGCCCACGCGCGCAGUUUUCAAAGGACCACGUGACAUCACACGUGCGUCGCCGGUACCACGCUCACCCACUGGGCCAUGCAAGUAUCGUUUUCUAUGGAGAUUUAAAUGCUGCUUUAAAGUGUUGCUAUUAUUUGAUUCGUUGUUGGUUCCACUAAGGUUUACUGACUGAUUUUCAUACCUGAGCUCAUUCUGUGAUCUCUCUCGCUUUCUACACUUCUCUCUCUCUCUCUCUCUCUGGCUCUCUCUCUCUCUCUCUCUCUCUCUUUUAUUUGGAUUCCGUUAUGUCUUGUAAAUGUUUAUUGUCUGUAUUUUCGUACGCAUAUUUACUCUGUGUGAUUUGUAGUUUGAUGUAUUACUAGUUGAAUUAUUAAAAAACCCAUAUAUAAAAUGAUUGGCUUUGGACUCCACCCCACUCACAUUACGAGUCACUGAAAUGUUUUGGUCUUUAGCUACAAGCUCUAAAUUUAGAAACUAAAUUUAUCAUAAGGAUAGGAUAAUAUUUUCAUGGCCAGAGAAUACUUUUCCUUGAAUUAUAAGGCGUGAUAACUUUAUUGAAAAUUGAUAGGUCUACAGUGGUGUGCUGGACAUACCACGGUUUGAUCUGCAGUAAUUUACAGUAAGAGAUCACAAUAAUUGAUAUGAAGAAUGUAAUAUUGACAUAUUAAUGAGUAAAUUACAGUGCCCUGUGAUUAGUAUUGGUAUUGGCAAUUGAGCUAUUUUUCAUAAUCAAUAAAAUUAAAUGUAACUGUCAUCUGAGAUAUAUAUUAAUCAAAUUCUUGAUUAAUUAUUCAAAUUCCCUAUAUAUCAUUUGAGUUAAUUACUAUGUAAAACUCAUUGUUGU